AUGGUGGCUGUAACAAUCAGAGAUGAAAAUUAUGAUAUUGUUUUUUUUUUCUAUCUCCCACCUAAUUCCCCUUUCUCUCCUUCUGUUUGUUUCACCCUCUCUUUUCUUAUCUCCUUUCUAACCCUUUUUUAUGCUUACUUCAUUGAAAAUUCUCUUUCUCUUAGCUUGAACUCUUUAUCUCUUUCUUAUACUUUCUCUUUACACUGUCUCUUUCACUCUCUCUUAACUUGUGUUUUUUUUGAAUACGUCUUCUUGCUGUUUCUUUCUAUCUUACCCACAUACACUUUCUUUCAGUCUUUCUUCACAUUCAAUCUCUCUACUUUUCAUCUCUGUCUUUUUCAUUCCCAUUUUGAUUUGUUUUUCUCUUUCUUGCUUUGGUCUGCUUCCUUUCACUCUCUUAUUUUCUUUCUCAAAUUUUUCUAUUCUCUAUCUCUUAUCUUCCUUCUAUAUAUCUAUUUGCCUAUCAGUUUCUUUCAUAGCUCUCUUACACAUUUUAUUUCUCACUUUGGUCUUUUCUCUCUAUCUCUCUCUUACGUCUAUUCUGUAUGUCUUUCUCUUUGUCAUUUCUCUCUUGCUACUUUUUUUAUUCUCAUAGUCCACUUUCUCUCUCUAAUCUCUCCCUCUUUCUUUUCUUUAAUCUUUCUGUAUUCAUUUAUGUAUUCUAAUCUCUCUCAUCUGUUUCUUGCACAUUUUCUCUCUUGUUAUGGUCCUCUCUUUCUAACCUCUCCUCUUUUUGGCUCAUGUAUCUCUCUCUUUUUUUCCUUCUCCACUCUCCUUGUACUCAUCUCUAUUUCUUUUUCAUCAGCUUCCCCCACUCUCUCAUUCUCAUCAUGCCUCUCUAUUUUUAUUUCUGUUCAACAUUUGCUUUUCUCUAUCUUUCUAUUGGUUGCCUUUCAUUUGAUUACAUUCUUUAACUCUCCCAUUUCUCUCUUUUUCUCUCUCUCCCCUUCUGCCUCUCUAUUGCAUCCUUGGUCACUCACUAAUUCACAAUAUCUUCUCAUGGCUUCUUACACUUUUACCAAAUUCUUUUCUCAGAAGUCUAGAUACCAAAGACUCACCAGUUAUUCCUUUUUUUUCUUCUUUUUCACAACUAUCUUUGAGAUUAGCUGCAUGGGCCUUGGUGUAAAGCAAUCAGUGUCCAUACUCCCAACCUCACAUCAUUUAUCCACUCUUGUGUCAUUUCUAUUCCUCAUCUGGGCUCUCCUUCCUGGUGUCAUCCUCUUCCUCCCAAUCCUUCUUACUCUUCUUUAUGACAGCAUCCAUAUUCUUGUGUUCAUACACUAA